AUGGAGAAAAGCACAUCCACCACCGCCUCGAAUGCCACUGAGCUCGAGCAUGCUGCGCCACCCCCAGCCGAAACUUGGGAUGCGAUCAUCAGCUCUUUUUCGGACAAAGAGGCCAGGGCGCUCAAGCGUAAGAUUGAUCUACGACUGGUGGUUCCUCUUGGUGUGAUGUAUUGUGUCUCUUUGAUGGACAGAAACAAUCUAGGCAAUGCGGCGAUUACUGGGAUGAGUGGAGAUCUAAAACUGGUUGGGAACCGUUACAGCCUGAUUGUCCUCCUGUUUUUCAUCACAUAUGUCACCGUUCAACCGGUAGCAGUAUACCUACUUCGAAAGAUCGGACCACGGAUUUUCAUACCCACUAUAGUUCUGCUUUGGGGGUUACUUUUAUUGGGAUUUGGAUUUGUGCAAUACUGGUAUCAGCUGCUUCCUCUUAGGAUUGUGUUGGGCCUGCUAGAAGGCGGGUUUCUGCCCAGCUGUGUGUAUCUCAUGUCUUGUUGGUAUGUACGACAUGAGCUUCAGAUACGAAACGCACUGUUUUAUGUCCUCGGCAUCCUGGCUUCCGCCUUUUCAGGCAUUCUGUCCUAUGGUUUUGCCCAAAUGGAAGGUCUUGGAUACGGACCCAAAUGGAUGGGACUACACUACGGGCCAACCUCAGCAAAUCCAAAUGCUACAUCAGGCGUGCGACCAGGAUUGGCAGGCUGGCGUUGGAUUUUUAUCUGGCAAGGAAUCCUCACAAUUGUCAUUGCGAUCUUUGGUUAUAUCUUCAUCGUGGACUUCCCGGAAAUGACCUUGAAGCAUCGCUAUCCAGUUCAUUUCAUCGAACAGCGGCAAGUGGAUUUCAUGAUCGCCCGAGUAGAAAAGGACCGUGAAGAUGUCACACUUGAGCGUUUUCGAUUGAAGUCAUAUCUAGCACAUGCCUUGGAUCUCAAGCUCUGGGGAUUCGCAUUCUUGGCAAUGAUUUCCGUUGGACCAGCAUACGCAAUCGCCUUGUUUUUGCCGAUAAUUCUGAAGGAAGACAUGGGCUUUAAUACAGCACAAGCACUGUGCUUGACCGCUCCUCCACAAAUAGCAGCAGUCAUCGUCACCAUGACAAUGGCUUAUUUUAGUGACAAGUGGAAGAUUCGAUCUCCAUUCCUCCUCAUCAACGGAUGUACGGUCUUAAUCGGUUGUGGCCUCCUUGGUUGGACCAGAUCCAUUGGUGCGCGGUAUUUCGGUGCCUUCCUAGUUGCCAUUGCUGUCAAUGCUAAUGUUCCGGCAAAUCUUACAUGGCAGGCGAAUAAUGUGCGCGGGCAAUGGAAGCGAGCUUUCAUCUCAGCAUUGAAUGUUUCAUUUGCUGGUCUUGGGGGUAUCAUGAGUGGCACAGUCUUCCGCGGCCAGGAUGCACCUCGCUACUUUCCAGGCAUCAUUACAUGCAUGGUUUGUGGUGCAUUGAUUGUGGUCAUUGUGCUGAUUAUGACUUGGCACUUUGCAAGAUGUAAUAGGAAAGCAGAUGAAGGAAAGCUAGUGAUUGAAGGGCUGGAAGGUUUCAGGUAUACGCUGUGA